CUGAGAUUUGGUUUGGCCUCACAUGUCAUUGCCUUCGUCAAUCAAUACACACAGGCCGAAUAAAUGGAAAAGUAGAAACACACAAAGCAAAAGGAUCACAACGAAGAUUCAAGAACACCCACCUGAAAAAUUUUUGGUUUGAAACUUUUUUCCACUGAUCACCAUCUUCGAUUGCCUUUCUUCCCCGCAAACCCUUUUCUUAUUUUCACUUUUUUCACAACAAAACGCCCCAAAAUUUUGCUGUCCAUUGCAACUCUCUUAUGAUUUACCUUUCUAUUUUCUGUACCAAUGGAAGUUUCUGCUACAAAAAGAAGGCUCCUCAAAGUCAUCUUCCUCGGUGACAGUGGAGUUGGGAAGACAUCUUUGAUGAAUCGAUAUGUGUAUAAGAAGUUUAAUCUACAGUAUAAAGCAACGAUUGGUGCUGACUUUAUGACAAAGGAGCUACAGAUUGAUGACCAACUUGUCACAUUGCAAGUUUGGGACACAGCAGGGCAGGAAAGGUUUCAGAGUCUAGGGGCUGCAUUCUAUAGAGGAGCAGAUUGCUGUGUUUUUGUCUAUGAUGUGAAUGUGGCCAAAUCAUUUGAAUCACUAAGCAGUUGGCAUGAGGAGUUUCUCAAGCAGGCAGGGCCAGCCGAUCCAAAAGCAUUCCCCUUUCUAUUACUCGGGAACAAGAUCGAUGUAGAUAAUGGAUGUAGCCGAGCCGUCUCAGAGAAAAGAGCAACACAAUGGUGUGAUUCCAGGGGAAACAUGCCAUACUUUGAGACCUCAGCAAAAGAGGAUUAUAAUGUCAAUGAAGCAUUUCUUUGCAUUGCAAAAGCUGCAUUAACCAAUGAAGAAGAGCAGGACCCUUACUUUGAAAGUAUCUCUGAAUCUGUUUCUGAAGUGGAGACAAGAGGAGGAGGAGGCUGUGCUUGUUAAUAUUCGUCUUCUACAAAUUCAACAACUUUAACAUGAACUCUUUGAUUGAUUUGAAGUUUCCUGGUAUAAUAAAUAUGUUAGUUAUUCUUUGAGGUAUUUAUUCCAUUUUAUGUAAAUUAGUAUUUAUCCUGACAUUUCCCUUUUCUUCUUGUGAACUUCUGAGAACAAUUGAUUCAAGUUUGUAAAGAACCAAUAAAAUUCAUUGGUUAAACUUUCCAUUCAUCAAGGAGUGUGGGUUCAAGACUGUUUUGAACUUCCAUCAA